CCUGCUUCUCCCGCGUACGUCAUUUGUGUUCGACGAACGAGCCGCUUGCAUGCUUUCUUUUACUGUCUAUGCUUGCAUGUGGAAAUGUUUCCUUGAAUCCUACGAUGCGUUUUGAUAUAAAAUGUCCUCUGAAAACAGCCAGCGAACGGAACCUGGAGCUCAGGAAAAUCGUGCACAAAAAGAGGAGCUGAACAAGAAGAUAAAAGAGCAAAAGAUUGUCGUUGAUGAGUUGAGCAAUUUGAAGAAAAACAGGAGAGUUUACACCCUGCAGCCCAACAGCAAUAUAUUCUUCCUGGCAGACAAAGGAGAGACCCUUAGCACUUGUAAAGAGGAUCUGGAUAAUAUGAGAAAAGAAUAUCGAGAUAUAUAGUGCCUUGAGAUCAUGUGCGGUAUCUGCUGCGUGGUCAGUUUGACCACAGCGCAUAAUCCCCUGGACAAGCAUGUCCAUGAAAAUCUCAAGCACAGAGGGCCCAACUCUAGCUGGGACAUUACAGAGCCAAUCUCAAACGGCAGUCUAGUUUUCUCUGCACAUGUGCUUCACAUGAGAGGAUGCUUGACACCUCAGCCUCUUCAAGAUGACAAUGGAAACAUGCUUCUCUGGAAUGGAGAGGUAUUUGGUGGUCUGAGAGUAGAACAGGGAGAAAAUGACACCAAAGUUGUUCUCCAUCACCUGUCAAUGGCUCAGUGUGCCUCAGAUAUGCUAUCUUUACUAUCGCAACUCAGAGGACCAUGGGCCUUUAUAUAUUACCAAAAAGUAGAGCGCUGUAUCUGGUUUGGGAGAGAUUUUUUUGGAAGAAGAAGUCUGCUUUGGCAAUUCGAUCCUGAAGGGACAUCUUUCACACUUUCAUCAGUUGCUUCCCUGCCAGUAGAUAAUAUUCAGUCCCAAUGGCAGGAAGUACCACCUAGUGGAGUGUACCGGUUUGACCUUAAAGACUCUUCACCUUUACGUCCAUUUGUAUUUGAAUUUUUUCCAUGGGUUUUCCACAGUGGUGAAGAGCCAAAUGAAAGCCCGGAAUCGAAAUGCGUAGGUCUUCCCAGAUCUGUCACUGUUAAUAGUUCUGGACUUUACCUGACCUCUCCUAUUUGUCCAAUGAACAUAUCCAUUUCAUCAUUUACAACUGAACGAGAUCAGAAUGUUUCUCAAACCUCUGUUGAAAAUCUGAAAGGAUUUUUAACAAACUCUAAAAAGAAAGCAGUGGUUAGCACGCUCAUUGGUAUUCUAA